AUGGCUGACAAUAAAGCGAAGUCGACCAAACCUGUGAAUAAGACUCCUCCAAAGUCUCCUUCAGAUCCAGCAAAGGACCGAGCAGCAAAACGAUUAUCCUAUGAUUCAAACAGCUCCCAUGAGGGAGCUAUGGCAGGAGAAGUAAGUGCUCUGGAAGAGGCCUUUAGGAGAUUUGCCAUCCAUGGUGAUACAAGAGCCACAGGAAAAGAAAUGCAUGGGAAGAACUGGUCAAAGCUAUGUAAGGACUGUCAUGUGAUAGAUGGGAAGAACGUGACAAUCACAGAUGUUGACAUUGUCUUCAGUAAAAUCAAGUACAGCUUUUGGCUUCUGUCCUGCUACCUUAAACUGACUUCAGUGUCACAGGUGUUAUGCUGUACAAAGAGGGGAAAGUCUUCCAGAACUAUCACUUUUGAGCAGUUUAAGGAAGCUCUCCAAGAACUCUCCAAGAAACGAUUUAAAGACAAGAGUGAUGAGGAAGCAGUUCAAGAAAUAUAUAAACUAAUCGAAGGAAAAGCCCCAAUUAUAUCUGGAGUAACGAAAGCCAUUUCAUCUCCAACUGUAUCACGCCUUACAGAUACAUCAAAAUUCACGGGUUCUCACAAAGAGAGAUUUGAUCCCAGUGGGAAAGGAAAAGGCAAAGCUGGCCGAGAAGAUCUGGUGGAUGCUUCAGGAUACGUAUCUGGCUAUAAGCAUGCAGGCACAUAUGAUCAUAAAGUACAAGGGAACAAGUAAGGCUGAGGGUUUAGAACACAGAGGGAGAAAGAGAGGGGGAAGAGAAUAUAUUUGUAAGAAUGAUGUAGAUGAAUCCCACAUGUUUUGGUUAUUGUGAAUGCUAAGACUAUGUUGUCAAGAAGUUGUUUUCAGGAACUGGAACUGAUUUCAACAUCUGCUGAGCUACUUGCAGCACAACGCCGCUUCAUUACAUUCCUUGUGCAUAUAUUGGCAAAAAUAAAUAUAUCAGUACAAAAAAUACAUUAUUUGUUGAGCUUAAAAAAAAAAACAACCAACCAAACCCCCACCAAAGUCAAGAGCAGUUAUACCAUGCUUUGUCAAUUCAAGCAAAAGAUCUCAAACAUUCCUAAAUGUCCAGUUGCCCUGAGAAUGUUGAAGAGAACCUCUUGAAAAGAGGGUCUUUCAUAGCAUUCUUUCUGAAGAAUAUCCCAUUAUUUAUGCAGUUUGAUUUGACUACUGUUUUGGGGUUUAUUUUUAAAUGUCUUAUAUAGGAUCUGGCACUUUCCUUAAAACAUUCAACAAUAUACUAUUGGGGAGUAAGUGGUUGUAAUAUACAAGGUGCUAGCCUGUAAAUGUCAUACACCACUCAUGAAAAACUGAAAAAAAAGCUAUUUCUAGGCCAAUACAGGUUCUAAAGUAUUUUAUGUCAAAAGAAAGAAGUGGAAAAUACCAGCCCUUACUUUCUUCCUGUCUAUACUUUGUGCUUGUUACUGUGUGUACUGUAGCAUGGUUCUGACUGGCUGGAUUUGGAUGGAGCUAUUGUACUGACCGGAGAGGUAAGGAAUAAGACAUUACUAAGAAGGUCUGUUAAAGCUUUUUGCAGCCUGUUUUCAAGUUUGGACUGCCUCACAUUUGAAAUGAAGGGGGCAUUAAGCUAAUAAUGCUUUAAAAUAUUGAUUAUGACUAAACACUGCCAAUCAGAUUGCUAUUAAGUGAAUGUUAUUAUUCAUUGGCACAUAUUCCCUUUAAGCUAUAACACAUAUAAGGAAAGUUUACAGCCCUUUGGAAUAAGGACAUUUACAAUAUACAUAUAAUUAGGUGCAAUUUGCCCACAAAAAUAUACUAUUAUAGCUGAGCUACACUUUGUUAGAUUUGUUUGAAACCAAGGGAUUUGAUUCUCUAUUCACUUUUGCUGCCUGACUUGGGAGUAAUAGUAUUGAUGGGAAUGGCUUUCUACUGCUAUAGAAGUAGAAAUUGACAAGCUUAAGGUACGGGCAGCUGAAUGCAACCUCCCUGGGGCCCAGAAUGCCAAAACUGUUUAAUAGGAAUAAAAAUAACUCAUAUUGGUUAAAAAGGAGAGAAAAGGCUGGUCCAAUUUUCCACAAGAGCUGAACAAGUACCCUAAUGUAUUACUCUGCUUCUCUAACAGUUAAGAAAGAUAAGAUUUUCAGUAUUCAAAACCAGCUGCUAGCAGUUCUUCUUUGCUUUCUUUUAAAAAGAGCUCACGCACUGAUUUUCAUGUUUGACUCUGAGUAAAGGUUAAUAAAUUUAUUGCUCUCCCAUGACCCAUAUCAGCAUCCCACUCAGAGUAUAUAAAAUUUAGUGAGCAGUGUGUGCUGUCGUGUGCCAUGCAGGUCAGCAGUCUGUAUUUGCCCAGUGUCUGGAAACAGAGCACUGGAUUUCAGCCCUUAAACUGUUCAUGUUUUGUUUUUCUGACACUGAAUGGUAGCCUUUCUUGUAACUUUGCCUCCAGUGACUCUGAGCCCAUACAUCAGCCUGAAACCAAAACAACAAUAACAAACAAAGGCAAAGACUUCUUUGUGGACUUAAGAGAUAUUUUUUGUUUGUUUGUUCAUAAUUUGUUUUGGGUUUUGUUUUGAAGAGGGAGGGAGGUUUGCCAAAACUCAGCACAUGAUCUUGUAAAGAUUUAAAUGGCUUGGCUCUGGUUACCUGGGAAGAUUUUUUGAUGUAUGUAAGGAUGCCCAGGAUAAGAAGCAUCCAGCUUUGUGAAACCUUUCCAAGAGUUACCCAUUAUUCUUGAAGAAAAAUUUCUAUGGAAUGAAGGAUUAUCCACUCCUGUGUUGCACUGGUGGCCUGUCACACUCUGAGGCAGAAAACAGCAUACUGUGAUACCAACAAUGGCUAAAUUAUUCCAGCAUGGUAGUGAACUGUCUAGAGAACCUUGUUCUAUGUCACUGGUGCCUGUGCACCUGAAAAAGGCUUCAGGAUAGACCUGGUUUUUUAAUGAAUAAAAGGGCUAAGCCUCUAACCAUUGAUAAAUCCCUCAGCUCAGUUACAGGCAAAAUGAGUGUCCCUGUUCUUCCAAUUGACUUUAAGGCUUGACUCAUAACUCACUGGUAACUGAAAAGAUCCGGACCCAGCCUGGAUGAAGAGUGAGGUCCAGUAUACUGCAGAGCCCUUUCAGCACUGUUGAUCUGGCUGUUUGUUGCUAGCUAGAUGCCUUGUCUGGCACAUCAGGUGAUACUUAACCUGAGGUGCACAAGUGACAGGCUUUCUCAGGUACCCAAAUACUGAGUGUCAGUAAUGCCAGACUGGUUAGGAAGGUUUUAAGGUAUAAUUAGGUUUUAAGUUGCUAGGUCAGUGUGAGAGAGACCAGCACACUCAUACGAUAGAAGGCAUGCAAAAGAAUUGAGGAUGUGAACUGAUCCAAGCUGACAUUGAUAAUAAGUUGAGCUACUCUGCUUAGAACUAGCUGGGGUUCUGCCAGAGUUUACUAUGCGUUACUGGGACAGUAUAAAAUCCCUGCCAUGAACCUAAGUACUUGGAAUGGACCUGUUGCAAAGGUCUUUGAAAUGCUUUCAGUGGCAUAGUAAGCUUUGGAUCAGAACCUGAGAAGAUGCUUCAAAUAGCAGUAUUUUAUUUUGAGGAACACACUUCUUUGUUUCUAGAGUUGGAUAGUUUUAAAACUCAAUCAGACAGAUGCAUGAAAAGAAGUCAUUCUGAUAUGACAGUGACAAAGGGAAGUUGUGGCUGGAAAGAUAGUAUUUCAGAAAGUUUUUUCCUUUUUGCUACACUUGGUGUGGAAGAUAAGGGCUAUGAAUAAAAGCAGAGUAUGUAACUGUGCAUUAGGGGUUCAGCCACCUACUUAAGCUCUUACUUUUCCACCAAUACCUGUAGGAAAUUAAAAGGCUAAAUAGUAGCCUGAAUGUUAGCCAUAAGUUCAAGGCCUGCUUGGGAAUGAGGCGAAGUACAUUUUCUUGUUCAUCUGCCAUUCCCUCAACUCUCAGGACAUAAAGUACAGCUGGUAUUUCAGAGAUGAGGGGAAGGGAUAACUCAGGAGUUGCAGAAGGUGACCCAUUUUCAACCCUUGAAGUGUUGUAGCAAAUAUGCUCUUCCUGUGCACCAGACUCCAGACUGUAACUAAAUGUCAUGUCUGAAGUAAGGACAUGGGUACCUAAUAAGGUUUACACUCAUUUCCUUUUUUUGGGACUACUUUUUGGCAUUAUAAAAAGCUUUGUUCAUGAAUUAGCAUUUGUCACCCAUAUUUUCCCUCUAUUGGCUCAAUUAAUAUUUUUUUAUUAUAGCUGGAAUUAGCCAGAACUAAAAGGCAAAUGACUGCUAUGGGUUUGGCUUGCAAGUGGUAGGUAUCCCAGCCAUCUGUAGCCAUCUGCAGAGAAAAUUCUUGUAUAUCUUUCUCCAAAUUCAAAACUUUCAAGUUGUAAUUGAUAGGGUUUUUCCUUAAGGCUUGCCAUAGUUUAAUUAAUUUUAAUUCUUUGUGCCUGCGCUUACGAUAUUCAAAACAUAACCCUGCCUUUCAGUGAGACAUGUAUUCUGGGGGCAUAUGCCUGUCAUCCAUGAAUGAGAAUUCUCUGUUUGCACUGGCCAAGAAACAACCCCUUUACCUUCAUGAUAGAGCAAAUGUAGUGUGUUGUACUAGUAUGUGUCCUCUUAACUGACUGUUAGCCUUGAGUGUGUGCCAAAGUAACUACACCUUUGUGUACAUUGUUUGUAGUGUGACUAUUAUGCUAUUGGCUUGCCUAUUAGUAAUGUAAUACACAAGACUUGUACAGGUUUGUGUGUGUAUACGCAGACUCUUUGGAUCCAACUAAGUAAUUAAACCAUAUAGAUGUUGAUCCAAACCUUAAAUCUUAUUAGGGCCAAACUCUAGUCCUGCAGUCAAUGACGUUCAGCUUGGUCAGUUGGUGACACUGCCAUUCUCCCUCCAUAGCAUGAAGGUCAAGAUCUAAAGAGGCUUUUAUGUGUUUACACAUCUACUCUGUUCCUAUUUCUUGGGGGAAUCACUCUUCAGUGAUUCUAAAAUAGACUUGGUGUGACAAGAAGAGUUUCUCCAUAGUGAGGAAGUAGCAGAGAGGAAGAGUUGGGGUGAAAGCAAGAUUUCCUCUGAGUGCUCUCAAGACACUAUUUAAAAUUAUGCCCUGCAUGGGCCCUAUAUUUUCCUUGGCCCCAACUUUGUGAAGCAAGUUGACACUGUGUAUACAUGCAGUUGUUCAUCAUCAGUUAGUAAGUACAAAGUCAUGGUAUAUUGAGGUGGGAACAGGAAACAGGACUGCUGUGCAAUGCCUAUGGACUUGAGUCUUGCAUGGACCUUUAUAAAAUUAAAUACCUGAAGCACAAUGACAGGUCACAAACUUGUGUGAAAUUCUCACAGUCUGGAGUGCUUCAACUUAAUACACGUGUACCUCCUGUAUUUGGAGUGUUUGCACAUAAAAUACCAUUUAGACAUUCAGUUACUCAUCUUGUGCACUCAAGUGUCCAUUUGGCUUGCGUAAUAUAAGCUGGAAAUGAUGGACUGCGAUGUUCUUUUGAAGUCUUCAGAAUCCUAGAACUAGUGAGAGACCUUUAGUUCCAUUCAUGCUUGCUCAUUAAACUCAAAACCAAUGCUUUGAAAGAUGUCCCAGCUAAGAAUGGUGCUUCAGGAAGCUAAAUAAUAUUGCAGAUAGAACAUCCAUGUCUUAAUUGUCCAAGUAAUUAAUUUUUGCCAGGAGAAAUAACUGUAAUAUACUUAGUAUUUUGUUAGGUUUUUCAGUAUAUUGCCUUGCUUCAAAACCCAUAUGGAGAAGGUGGAUUUCAAAACAAGUUUAAGAUACAGCUCUUUGUUGUCAGAAAAUGUUUGAAUUAGCUUGUAAAAUUUAUGGCACUGUACAAAGCAAGUUUUGUUGUAAGCAUUUGUAAAGGUCUUUAACAUAACAUUCAGGAUAAUUUGCCCUUCAGUUAUCUUUAUUCAAGAUUUUUCUUUUACUUUGCAUGUUUUUUUUCAGAACAGAUCACAAACAUGCAUAAAGUUACAUUCAAAUUAAUUAAAAAUGUAGCCCUAAAAAUACACUCAUACUUCAUCCAUCUUUACAUUUUGAUCAGGAGCUAUAUUAUAGAUGAAAAAAAUAAAAAGAAAAAGGUAGCAAUCUGUAUCCCCACAAUGGUGAAUUAUUUUCAGGUCCAAUUUAUAUCAGAUGAGUUUCAGUAUGCUUGCUAUUUUUAAACAAAGUAAUUAAAUAAUGUGAAAUAAUGCAACCUGGGCUCAGUUAAAUAGGGUUAUAUUAAUGCAGCUAAAAUGCUGUAAUAUUCAUGCUAAAUACAUACUGCUCUUUAAAUGCUUUGUGUAAGGUCAGUUAACCUACAAACUCUGAUGUCCCCUAUAAAAUCCUGUUGGUGAACUACUUUUGUUAGCACUGUAGUGUAUGCAAUGGCAAGGUCAUAGACAAAAAGAAGUUAUAGGAUGCAGCAAAUGUGUAUUUGUGUAUAUCUUUGUGCUGGGUUUAGAAUAUAUCAGCUUUGGCAAACUAUUGCAGCAGGGAAAAUGUUUUGUUUAAUGCUUGUAAUACAAAGUAAUUUGUUUUUAUGUUCUGUAAAGCAGAGAAAUGGUCAAUGUUAGAUGAGUAUAUUGAAGUUUAUUCUUAGCAAGGUUUUAUGUUUCACAGAUUUAAAUAUUACAGGAGAAAUAUAUUUAUACAGAAGUAUAAUUUUUGAAUGUUGAGGUUGGUUUUCUUCAGUCAUGAAUCAUUUAUUUAUCCACAUUAUGCUUUAUUCCUUUGCUAGCUUAUUUAUCUGUCCACACUGUUCCAACAUACAUUUCUAAUUUGGUUUAGAAGUUUUAAUUCUUUAUUUACACAAAUCUGGAUGUGCAUGCUGUCAGGACCUGAUCAUAAAGUGUAGAGGCAAAAGUGUUUUGUCUUUGUUUUGUCAUUAAAUAGUUGUGAUAUGGCGAUAGGUCUUGACAUAGUCUUCCUUGGAGCACUGUACAGUGUGAUAAAAACCUUCAGUGAAUCUUACUAUUUCUUGUUCUUAUUUUCAUUUGUCUUUCAUCUUGGUCCAGAAAACUAGGAAGCUGCUGUGUGCUAAUAUUACUUGCAAUAUUUAUAAUUGCAGGCAUUGCAAACAUUAACAUUGAACUGUACUAGCCUACUGUGUUCACUGUGAAACUUUCAACAUGGUAAAAAUUUUACAUGAUCAUUUAACCUUACAAGUUUACUUUUCUUCUCACUGAUUUAACACUGAACCUUUGUUUUCAUUAUUGCAAAUGAACAGUUUGAGCAUACCAUUCUUAAUCUUAACUAUGAUAGAUAAAUGCAUCCUAAACAAAGAUUUUUAACCACUUGACGAAGGGGGCCUGGCACCAUCCAGUGCAAAGCACACUGGGCAAAAUCUUAUCCCCGCUGCAGUCAGUGCCAAAAUGCUAACUGGUGUUAGCAAAAAUGGAACCACCAUUACCAAGGGGUUAAUAUGUUUAGUAACCACGAUGAGAGGUUAUGGGGGAGCACAACAGUGAUUCUCUGUUUCCAUAUCUUUGUUUCUGUUAAUUUAAAACUACUACUAUUCAAUUUUUAAAAUAAGUAAAAGAAACUUGAAGGGGGAUCAUAUACUACUAGUUUGUACUAGGUUUUUUCAGGAAAAGGAAACAAAUUUAUAUAUAUAUAUAUAUAUGCAAUAUAUUUUUACACUGUUUAUUAAUGCUAGAAAGUAUUAAAUGUAUCACUUUAUCAGUGUGAAUGUUAUAGUAAUGACAAUGUUAUGGAUGUUUUAAACCUUUUAAAGUUGUCUUGUUAAAUUCUAAACCCACAUUAACAAUGGAAAAGCUACUUUGUCUACAACAAUGUUGAUGUUUUAGGGAAAAAGUUCAAGUACAGCAGUUUGAUUAGCACUGUAAAAGCUUGGCUUGAAAAGUUGUAGUGAAAUACAUAUUGUAAACACCAUUUUUCAAAGCAUAGCUUCUCAUAAAGUAUGUUACUGCUGUUGAUUGACUGUAUAAAAUUGUAUCUUUAGUUGGUAAAGUGAUCAAUAAAUGUGUUACUACA